UGAUUUAGCACACCUAUUGGACUUGCUCUAAACUCCAAAACCAUAAAGCUCAAGCGCAGGGGCCCACUGUUUAGUCGCUGUUUUUUCUCGAAAUUCGAAAUCAUAAAUUCUCCCACAAGAAGCGCAAGGAAUCUCUCUCUCGCUCUCUUUCUCUCUCGGUGUUGGAGUAAUUUGUGGAGAGAGAGGAAAAGAUGGUGGUCAGAAAAGUGGGGAAGUAUGAGGUAGGAAGAACGAUCGGAGAAGGAACAUUCGCCAAGGUCAAAUUCGCACAGAACACGGAGACUGGGGAGAGUGUUGCUAUGAAGAUUCUCGAUCGGAGCACUAUUCUCAAGCAUAAAAUGGUCGAUCAGAUUAAGAGGGAGAUAUCUAUAAUGAAGCGUGUUAGGCACCUACAUGUUGUUCGUCUGCAUGAGGUCUUAGCAAGCCGCACAAAGAUUUAUAUAAUCUUGGAAUUCAUCACUGGUGGCGAAUUAUUUGACAAAAUAGUUCAUCAUGGGCGACUUAGUGAAGCCGAAUCAAGAAGAUAUUUCCAGCAGCUUAUCGAUGGUGUCGGUUACUGCCACAGUAAAGGAGUCUAUCAUAGAGAUUUGAAGCCUGAAAAUCUCUUGCUAGAUUCCCAAGGAAAUCUGAAAAUAUCUGAUUUUGGACUUAGUGCGCUGCCUGAAGAAGGGGUCAGCCUUCUCCGGACAACCUGUGGAACUCCUAAUUAUGUUGCACCAGAGGUACUUAGCCAUAAGGGUUAUGAUGGUGCUUUAGCAGAUGCUUGGUCCUGUGGGGUCAUCCUAUAUGUCCUAAUGGCUGGAUAUCUUCCUUUUGAUGAAAUGGAUCUCACCACACUGUAUAGCAAGAUUGAGAGAGCUGACUAUUCAUGCCCGUCAUGGUUUCCUGUUGGAGCAAAAUCUUUAAUUCGUCAAAUUUUAGAUCCCAACCCUCAAACUCGUAUACAUAUUGAAGAUAUCAGGAAUGACGAGUGGUUCAAGAAAGAUUACACUCCUGCUGGAUUCCUUGAGUAUGAAGAUAUUAACCUGGAUGAUGUAAAUGCUUUUCUAGAUGAUUCUGAGGGAGAACGACCAGAUGAGCAGUGUAGGGAUGAAGAUGCAGGUCCACUGAAUCUCAAUGCAUUUGACCUAAUUAUCCUCUCUCAGGGUUUGAACCUUUCUGCACUAUUUGAUCGUGGGCAGGAUUCGGUCAAGCAUCAAACACGUUUUGUGUCACAAAAACCAGCCAAAUUGGUUUUAUCAAGUAUGGAAGUUGUUGCACAAUCAAUGGGUUUCAAAACACACAUUCGUAAUUACAAGAUGAGGGUGGAAGGUCUUUCAGAAAAUAAAGCAUCCCAUUUCUCGGUUAUACUCGAAAUUUUUGAAGUUACUCCGAUAUUUGUCAUGGUUGACAUUCAAAAAGCCGCUGGAGAUGCUGGAGAAUACCUGAAGUUCUACAAAAGUUUUUGCAACAAUCUUGAGGACAUCAUCUGGAAACCACCUAGUGAGUAUACCAAAUCAAGAAUUACCAAGGCCAAGAGCAAACAACGUUGAUUUUGCUUGCUCUUCAGUUACACUGAAAUUUGCCCUGUCGGCGGCCAAGAUUCGAUAUGAACAAAUGCUAUAGUAGCACUUUUUCGAGAUGCUAGGAUGAUUAUGUAAAAGCUUUGUCAAUAUGUACAAAUAUAGUUUGAGAUCUUUUACUGAACUGGAAAGACCCGAGUUACUAUAUGUACUUUGAACAAUUCAUUAGACUCAGACGCAUCUGUAUGUUGCUCUUAUUUCUUUAUAGUGUUUGAAGCGUUUAAGGCUCUUGUAGAA